CAGUUUUUUAUGUAUGGCUCCUACGCGCUUGCGCUGUGGUUCGGGUCGACUUUAAUUCCCAAUACGGCGUCCUAUGGGGAUGUACUUAAAGCCUUUAUGGUGCUGAUUAUGACGUCCAUGGCUAUAGCUGAGAGUAUUACGCUUGCGCCGGAUAUUGCCAAGGGAAGCGUGGCCAUUAGAUCGCUCCGGAAAGAUGCUGGCGCUGGUGGGCCUUCGGGCAGCGGAAAAAGUUCUCUGGUGGCCCUGGUGGAGCGGUUUUACGAUCCGACGGCUGGUAGUGUGCGAGUGGAUGGGGAGGACAUCCGGACCGUCCAUCUGAAGACGCUGCGAUCCUUUAUCGGGCUGGUCAGCCAGGAGCCGGCUCUAUUCGCCACCAGCAUCCGUGGGAACAUUCUGUAUGGUCAGCCAGACGCAACCGAAGCAGAGGUGGUGGAAGCAGCACGGGCUGCCAACGUGCAUGGUUUCAUCAGCGGUCUGCCCCAGGGCUACGACACGCAGGUGGGAGAGAGAGGAGUGCAGCUGUCAGGAGGCCAGAAGCAGCGCAUCGCCAUCGCCCGGGCUAUUCUCACAGACCCGGCUAUUUUGUUGCUAGACGAGGCCACGUCAGCGCUGGACGCGGAGUCUGAGCUGGCGGUCCAGUCAGCACUGAACCGCAUCAUGAUUGGCCGUACCACGAUCGUUGUCGCGCACCGGCUGUCCACCAUCUGCCAUGCGGACUGCAUCGCUGUGCUGCAGGAUGGGAAGCUGGUGGAACAGGGCACUCAUAUGGAGCUCAUAGGUGUACAUAAUGGUGCUUAUGCCACUUUAGUGCAAUUGCAACAAAGGAAUAAAGUGGCCUUGUGAUGGCUUACUUAUUGUAUUGUAAGUUCUGUAGAAUGAAUGGUCCUGUAGUGAAGCAUAUGGCACAAUCAAGACUCCAUGCCUAAGACCGAACGUAACGAUUAUGGGUACCAUCUUAUUUAGGAAUAGACUUACAACACAUUC